AUGAUGCUGCUGCCUGAUGCACACGCAAUCGUCAACAGGCAGCAGGAGCGCAGGUGGAGAGAAACAGAGAGUAUACAAGUAAAAAGGUUGGCCGCGAGAGAGAUACCGUGUAUUUUUGGGCAGAGGCCCCCUGACGAAAGAAUCCAGUUUUGAGAAGCCCCGAAAUGGAACAUUUUUUUGCGAACAAAAUCGGCCAUCGAAGCACGGGAGGCGCGGCAAAACACAUCACAUGUCGACGCUGCUUACAAAACAGAAGACGUCGAGAAGACCAGGUCAACACUGAGAGAAGGACGCCGCGAGAAGCACAGAUGACGUGCGCAAUGUUUGGGAUGCGAUUGACGGUCAAUAGUUGACCGGAAUACUCCUCAACCAGUUCUCCGUUCUCUCAGUUGAAGUAGACAUGAGGGAGCUCCAGAGAUUGUUUGAGCAAACUUGUAGAAAACUCCAAACGUCCAACUAAAAUGACCACUCUUGAAAUGAAAGCAACCUAUGUCCAGGUUUGGCAGAAAGGAGAGAUGUAGGGAAAAUAGAAGUAUACAUUAUACAGUAAAUGAAUAGGGAAUGAGGAUGUCUGCCAAACUCUGGUGGUAAGACAAAGAAGACCGUAAGAAUAAUUAGCUUUGAAAAAGAAGGCGUGUGCAGAGGAGGGAUCAAACUCAAUCUGACCUACUUGUGCUCGCCAAAGAUAGGAGGUGCGAGGAAAAGCGACCAGCAAUUAUCACGUCACUCGCGCUUCAUCAACCUACCUCUAUCACUUGUGCAACAACUUUUUCUCGUCUUCUAGUAAAGAAGUCUUCCUUGAGGCUUGUAUGUCUUGCGAGACUUUCGAAAUGGGAAAACGGGCAUAGUACCUUUUCCCACUCAUUCCAAAUUUGAGCACAAGUCUACCCGGCUUACAAAAAAUAUAUACGCUUCAUGUUCUCGACCUCUUCAAUUCAGAUGUCUUCCUUGCACCUUGCUUAUUAUUUAGGUUAUUCGGAUUCAUGUAGUAGAGCGGAAAAAAAUUUGUGAAACAGUAGAUAUUGAUGAAGCGAAAAAGUGAGCAUAGCCCUUUUUGGAAGUUACGUUCCUUGUUUUGAGAUGGUGUUCAGAUAGAUUUUUCGAACUUCGCUUGUGUCUACAAGUUUGAUUGAGAGGUCCUAUUUUGAGCAUCAACUUAAAAAGCUUCGUUAAAAAUCGGAUUCAAAAAAUCGAAGCAAUUCUUUUUACUAUUUCUCGACGAACGGCAAAGAAUCUCUACGGGGCAGCUGGUGGUAGGAUCGCUGUCAAGUUUGCAAGAAGUGUCUCUCGGAAGGUCACUUCGAGCCGCUUCUUCUUCUUCUCUUCUCUUAGUUUUUCGAAAAAACGCUACUGACGGUCGACGGCGCAGAAGGAGAGAGGAACACGAGAUAGUAAUUGCCGAAUGGGCGAGGACAAAAGCUGCAAGGUCAAGCCGCGCCGACGCAUUCAGCGACCGUUCGACCUCGGCUACAAUCAAGCGCCUCUCUGCCUUCUAUCGGCUUCCCCUUUCGGAGUUGUCCGUCACAGCUCACCGGCUCUCCAUUUCAUCCAGUCUUAA